AUGGACACAUUCAAAGAAUAUAGUAUUUGUUCUCUUUGUCUUUCAACAACAUCCAAUUAUCUUCUCGAUUGUGAUCAUUGUCAAUUAUCAUUUUGCUAUGAAUGCCUGUUGGAACAUCAUCAUACUAAUCUUUAUAAUCGUAUGUGCACACAAAUUCAGGAUAUCAACGCUAUUGUCGCGCGGUUUAUUGGUUAUGCACACAGUCAAACUGAAUGGGUUGAUCAUUUGACACAUGAUCGUCUUGAUUUACAGAUUUUUCUACGCUAUAUUCAAGAAACAUCAUCUUACGCCACUGUGAAUUAUUUGCCAACAGAAGUCUGGUUGGAACAUGUUGAUAAUCUAAUAGAAAAAGACCGUUUUGCUAUUGAUGAAGAUUGUUCUUGGUUACUUGAAGAACCGAAACGUCUAACUUCGACACCGAAAAAGUCAAAAAGCAGUCAAAAUGUAUUUUCUUAUACAAUUGAUUUACCGAAAUCUGUUAAAUGUCUUGAAUUUAUAAAAUAUGAUAUUCAUCAAAAUAUUCAUUUUGAUUUUGAUAAAUUACUUGCACAACAAGCAAAAGUUUUGACUUAUUUAAAAGUUCAUAGAAUUGGUACAUUCAAUCGUAUUGAUACUCAAUAUCCAUUUCUUACUCAUUUGACAACUGAUGUUUUUCAAAAUCUCGGAAGUUCAAUUACAUAUCUUUAUCUUUUUAUUCAUAAAGAAAAUAAAAAUAUGAAAAUAAAUCUUGAACAAUUUUCUCAUUGUCUUACUCAUCUUACACUACAUUUUGUCGAAGAAAUUGUUGUAUCAUUUCAAUCUCUUGAACAAUGUCUUUUUAAUUUACAUCAAUUAACACAUCUAACAGUUCAAGCAAGCGAUAAAAAUGAUUUAUUUGAUGGUAAUCAAUGGAAAAAUUUUAUUUUAAAAACAAACAUUAUUAUAUUCAAUUUUGAAUUUCAAAUUUUGAAUUCUAAUAAAGAUGUAUCAAUAUUACUCGAAUCAUUUCGUUCAUCAUUUUGGCUUAGAGAAAAACAUUUCUAUGUUGGAUAUCAUAAUGAUGACGAGAAUGAUCAAACAUUCUUAUAUACAAUAACUUGA